AUGAUUAAUAAGUAAAAUCAAUUACCUAAACACCCUAACAUCUCAUUCAAAUAAUACUGUGAAUAGUUCGUUAAAGAAAGUCCAAAAGCUAAACUCAACAAAACAACUUAUGUCUUGGGAGACCUACCAUUAAAUAAACUAAGAGAAAAGCAAAAAGAAUAAUUCAAAUCUUUUAUCCAAGAUCAUAUUUCUUUGACUAGAAAGAUUAGAGAUGAUGCAGAAUAUGAUGCUACAAUAUAUAUGGGACUUACUUCUAAAUGGCAAAGAGUUAAAAAAGAUUAUUUCAAAUAAGAAAUCCCUAGUAUUAAACAUGAAUUGGAUAUGCGUAAUAUCAAAUAGAAUCAAGAACUCAAUUUCGAUUCAUGGAGAAGGAUUGAUUAAGUUAGUUAAAAAAGAGUAAGAGGAAUCUCAGUUGACUCAAAUAUGAAAAAAACUAAUCGUAAAACACACACAACAAGUUUUCGAUUUUGA